GAUGGUCAGUGAGUUUAGUGAGAGUGCCGUGAUCAUUUCACCGUUCGUACCACGUGAAAGUCAAGUAUGAAGCUGACGGAACUGUUGAUGGUAACGUGGUGCUCGAUAAUCGUGGCUCGAUCAGAAACCGUGGAGAGCGAUCAGGAGACGUUGCUGAGGAGGGCCGCGGAACAGCUGGAGCGAUUAGAGCCGUAUCGAAGAACGGACGACCGCGGCGGAGAAUCCGAUCUCUCGAGUUUCCUGGAGACGUGGAGGCCCAUGGUGGAUCAGAAUCAGUUAGAUGGGACGAGGGGCGACGCGGAUCAGAGUAUAUCUUGGGAGAUGCUCGAGGCUCCGGUCGAUCAAUCGGAGCCGGACGCGGCGAAGCGAAUUGACGAUGACAAAAAGAUGAUAAUCAGCGUUAUCAGUGAUCCGCGAUACGCCGCGCUGAUGCGGGACAGGAUAAAGCGAGGCUUCGACGUCGGAUCCGGCAGUCUUCUCACCAGCAUAGCGGGCGGAGUGUUAACCGGAGUCGCGAGCGCAUCGAGCGGCUCCGCAGCGAAAGCAUCAGCGGGCAGCAGCGAGUCGGCGUAUAAACCGGUAUACGGUGCACCUUCAGUGGAGCACUAUUCGGUAAUCGACAUUUAUAUUCAAUACGAAGAGAAACCAUUCGGUCCGUGGGAGUUCAAGAAGGCGAUUUUUGGCACCUUGUUCGAAGCUCUCAAGGCGAUUGGUGGCGGCGUGUUGGCUAUCAAGGGUCAAUUGGUCAAGGGAGGUGGUUACCUGCUGGCGGGCAAGGGUAAAGUUGUCAGCAAGGCAGGGGACGUUAUCACGUCCUUCGGUAAACAGCUGGCGGCCAGCGCCAUAAAGUCACCAGAACCUUAUUAUGGUCAUCCACCGGUUCAUAUAGGACACGAUCCCGGCUACUCAGGGCCACCGCUACCAGGCUCCGAUGAAUAUUCCGAAGCGCCGAAUGACUUCUCGCAUGAGGCCUACAGCGUGCCAUCAGACAUCUACGCGUUCGCGUAUUAUCCACGUCCGGCCAGAUACAGGUACAAAUGGCUGUAUCCUUAUGGACGAUAAGAACUCUCUCGUCACCGGCCGCGCUCACACACGAUGGGGACGACGAGGGAGAAAGGAAUCGGCGAAAGCGGAUCUACUGGAUACGUUUCUGAGCCAGCACAAAAGACCGCCCACGUAUCCGACGGAUAUACCUGUGUACCGUUGGAACACAUAGAGUUCACGACACCGAAGUGUGUCGUACGUAUAGUUAUACUGUGUGCCUCGAAAGACCCUUCUGUUGAACGGAGCGGAGAUUUGAAGAUGCUCCGUUAUCUUUUGAGACGCUCCGUAUACAACUCGGUCUGUCGACAGAAACGAGCGGUUUCUGUGGGCAAACCAGAAUGCCUGAACCCGAAUAUUAACGAAAUAACAUCUCUAACAUAUGUAAUUAUAUAGCAACCGUUGCGAUUGUAUAAUUAUUUAAUUUGUGAUAAAGACUCUUUAGAGAAAUGUAAUACUGUAAGUAAUACUAUAAGUGUUAAAUUGAUUAGUGAUUAUAUUACUUAAUUUGAGUAUUAAAAACACUAACAUUACAGUGAAUAUUAAAAGCUACGAAUAAUGCUUUUAAUACUCAAACUGAUGUAAUAAUCUGAAAUAUCACUAACCAAUUUAAUACUUACACUAAAUUUUUCUGAGGGACUUUCUAAGUUCCAUGUUCGCCAUUCGCGAUCGAAUAUACGUAAGUCUUGAAAGGACACCAAAAUAAGCCAUGAAGCCCAUGAUAGGGGACACCAGAAUAAGCCAUGAAAAAAAUGGUCGUAGUAUCUUAUGUAUUUGUUAAUUUCUUUAAAAAAAUAAAUAAAUGUAAAAACGAUUUUAUAUUAAACGUCUAUCUGAAUUUUGUACAGGGAAAUAUAUUUACGUUAGAAAACCUCGAUUUUAAUUAUUUAUACAAAUGUAUUUAAAACCCACAAUCGUCAAAAUUAUUGAAAUUAUAGAAAUAUCCAUGUUGAAAAUCACAUGAAAAUUUCGUAGGGUGCAAAUUGAAUGUCGCGUGAUCAAUGCUCAAAUAAAAGAACAAGUGUUAAAAAGGGUUUUUUAAAAAAGAACUGACUUGUUCCACUGAUUGUGACAGAUGAUGUCUUGUUCCACUAUCUGAAGCAUUCCGAGGGAUUUGUCUGUUCUUUUCUGGGCACUUUCGCUUCGCGGGCUUCGCUGCAAAAAGAUACUACCAGCGACAUCUCUGUUAAAAUUACUAAUUCAGUUUCGAUAUAACUUGCAAUUAUUUGCCAAAGUUCUUACAUAUUGCGCUCACGAAUCAAAUUUUACUUUAUUUAUAUUAA